CUCGCCGCCUCUCGAAACUCUCCGAAGCGGCGGCGUUCGGGUGUUUCCGGCGGCUCUCGGGUGUUUCCGGCGGCCGUCGGGGCGCUGCCUCAGGGCGGGCGCCAUUUUGUGUGUCCGCCCGCGGAGCGCGGAGCGCGGGGCGCGGGCGGAGGAGCCGCCGGGCCGAGCCCCCCGCGCCGUUCAGUGAUUUGUGCCCCCACGUUCUCCACGCCCUGCCCGUUGUCCAUGGCCGUGGAGAGCCCGAGUGUCCCCCCCGCCGCCGCCGCUUCCCCCCCCAGCCCGCACUGCACCCCCCCUUCUCCGUCCUGCCAUGGCAGCUGCAGCCUCCCCCGGCCGCCGCCGCCGCUCCAAGGGCACCAUCACGGCCCGGACGAAAGGGAGGAUGGCGAGCUGGAGGAGGGCGAGCUGGAGGAAGAUGACGGCGCCGAGGAGGCUCCGGAGCGCUCCCGUUCCCGCUCCCGCUCCCAAUCCCGCUCCCAAUCCCGCUCCCAAUCCCGGCGGGAGCGGCGCCGCAGCGGCUCCGAGGACGAGAAGGGGCAGCGGCGCCUGAAGCGCAAACGCCGCAAGGAGCGCGACAAGGACAAGCGCAGGGCCAAGAAAAAGAGGAAAUCCAAGCACAAGCGGCACGCUUCGUCCAGCGAGGAAUUCUCGGAUUUCAGCGACGACUCCGAGUUCAGCCCCGGGGAGAAGGGACACCGGAAAUACCGGGAAUACAGCCCAGUUUAUCCCCAUUCCCAGGCUCCUCGGCAGAGCCGCUCCAGGCCGGAUUCCCGCGGUUACGGCUUCGAGGAUCCCGAGGCCUUCGGCCCCAACGAGGAGGAGGAGGAGGCCAAGGACGGCUACGGAGACUUCGGAGCGGAGCUGAGCCCCUUCCGGCGCGGCAGGGAGCACGGCCAGAGGGGCAGGGGCCGGGGCCGGGCCCGCGGGUUCCGCGCUCGGGGCCGGGGUCGGGGCCGGGGGCUGGGCCGGGGCCGGGGCCGGGCCCGAAGCGACCCCGAGGAUGAGGAGGAGCCCUUCGAGGAGGAGAUGGAGUACUGCGAUCCCGAGGAGCCGCUGGGCGACGACGACUUCGACGACUACGCCAAGGAAUUGUCUCAGUACCGGCGCAGCAAGGAGAGGGGCCGGGGUCUGAGCCGUGGCCGUGGCCGGGCUCCGCGGGGCCGGGGCAGCAAAGGGCCCGGCCGGGGCCGCGGGAGAGGCCGGAGCGGGAUGGGAAAAUCUGGGAUCAACGACGACGACGACUUCUACGACGAGGACCUGGGGGAGGGGGGCGGAUACCGGCGUGGGGAGCACGAGAAGCUUCACCUGCCGGCCGACAAGAAGGGCAAGGUCAUCUGCAAGUACUUCGUGGAGGGCAGGUGCACCUGGGGCGAUCACUGUAACUUCAGUCACGACAUUGAGCUGCCCAAGAAGCGCGAGCUGUGCAAGUUCUACAUCACAGGUUACUGCGCCCGCGCCGACAGCUGUCCCUACAUGCACGGGGAUUUCCCGUGCAAGCUGUUCCACACCACCGGGCUCUGCAUCAACGGCGACGACUGCAUGUUCUCCCACGCGCCCCUGACCGACGAGAGCCGGCAGCUGCUCGACAAGAUGCUGCAGGAGGACGCGGAGGCCGGGGCGGAGGACGAGAAGGAGCUGCAGGAGCUGAAGAAGCAGGGCAUCGACCCCCUCCCCAAACCCCCCCCGGGCGUGGGGCUCCUCCCCACCCCCCCCCGGCCCCCCUCCCCUCCCCCCCCGCGGGGGCUGCCCCUCCCCCCGCCCCCCUGCCCUCCCCCCCUGCCCCUCCCCCCGCCCCUCGAGCCCCCCGACGCCCUCCCCCUCCCCCCCCCGCACCCCGACCCCUUCAAGAAGAUUCCGUCGCUCUUCGAGAUCGUGGUGAGGCCCACGGGGCAGCUGGCCGAGAAACUGGGGGUCAGGCACCCGGGGCCUCCCCCCGGGCGUUUCCCGGCUCCGGGGGGUCCCCCCGGGCCGCUCCCCCCGGAUCUGGAGCCGGGGAUGGGCCCCGGGAUGGGCCCCGGGCCCCCCCUGCUGCCCUUCGAGGAGCCGCCCCUCCCCCACCCGGGAAUGCUGCCCCUCCCCCACCCGGGAUCCUCGGGAUCCUCGGGAUCGCCGGGAUCGGCCGGAGCCCCCCUGCCCGGAUCUUCCGGAGGAUUCUACGAGGGGUUCUACCCCCAGGAGGGGCUGGAGAUGGAGCCCGGAGCCAUGGGGGACACGGAGGAUUACGGCUCCUACGAGGCGGGCGAGGGCCCGGGGGGGGAUCCCCUGUUCCCGGAGGAUUCCCUGGAUUCCGAGGGCGCGGCGGGGAGGGGAGGGAUGAUCCCGGAAUUCCUGCCCUCGGCGCAGCGGGCGCUGUUCCUGCGCAUCCGGCACAAGCAGCGGGCGCAGGACGAGCGCGGCCGGAGAGCGGCCGAGGGCGGCCGGAGCGACAGAGAGCACGAGGAGGGCGACCCCGGCAAUUGGUACUCGAGCGACGAAGACGACGGCGGCAGCAGCGUCACCUCCAUCCUCAAAUCCCUGCGCCAGCAGAGCUCCAACCGCUCCCAAAACCCCUCCGGAGACCCCCCCAGCGACCCCCGGCUCCAGAGACCCCCCCGUCCCUGCGACCCCCGGCUCCGGGACCCCCGGCUGGCCCGGAAUUCCGAGCCUCCCCCUUCGGAUCAUCCCUCGGAUCCUCGGCUGGCUCGGCACGGAGCCGCUCCCCCUCCCCAAAAAUCAGCGGAGGAUGAGGAUGGAGAGCGGAUCCUGCGGGAUAAAGCCCUGAGCAUCCCCCUGGAGGCCGUUCCCGGAUAUUCCCAGCGGGAUCCGCGCUCCCAGCUCCAGCAGUUUUCCCACAUCCGCAAGGACGUGCUGCUGAUCCGGCCUCCCUUCGCUCGCUCCGUGCUCUGGAGCCCCGAGGAUCUCAUCCCGCUCCCCAUCCCCAAGCAGGAUCCUCUUCCUCUUCCUCUUCCUCUUCCUCCUCCUCCUCCCGACCCGCGGAUUCUCCGGCCGCCCUCGGACCCUCGGACGCCUCGCCCGGCUUUGUCCGAAUCCUCAUCUUCGUCAUCCUCCUCAUCCUCCUCAUCCUCGGCUCUUCCCGACUUCGAGCUCCUCUCCCGCAUCCUCAAAAGCGUCGCGUCCUCCUCGCCCGGGGACAAACCCAGCGACCCCCGGGUGAGGAAAACCCCCAGCGACCCCCGGCUGCAGAAACCCUCGGAAUGUGGAGAUUCCCGGCUGCAGAAAUCCUUGGAAUGCGGAGAUUCCCGGCUGGAAUGCGGCGAUUCCCGGCUGGAAUGCGGCGAUUCCCGGCUGGAAUCCGAGCCCAUCGCUCCCUACGACCCUCGGCUGAGCUGGGGGGGAGGCUCCGGCCCGAGCAGCGUCCUGAGCGCCAUCAGCCUCUACGACCCUCGGACUUGCAGCUCAUCCAAAGAACCCCAAAACGAUGGGAAUUCAUCCCAAAAAAACCCCGGGGAAGGGGGGAAAAGAUUCCCCCGGGAUCCUCCCCCCUCGGCGGCGCGGCAGCGCUCGGCGCUGGAGCAGGCGGAGGAGGAGGAGGAGGAGGAAGCCGAGAGCUCGGACAGGUACAACAGCUACAACCGACCACGGGCAGCCAAAAUCGGGGAGGGGGUUUUGGGGGUCCCCUCGGGGGUCUCGGGGGUCCCCUCGGGGGUUUUGGGGGUCCCCUCGGGGGUCUCUCACAGCCCCCCCGUGUUUGGGGUGAGCCCCAGCAGGGAGGAGGACGGGGAUAAAUCGCUCAAGGAUGUGUUCAAAGGCUUCGAUCCCACGGCGUCGCCGUUCUGCCAGUGAGGAGGAGGAGG